CUCCGGACCUCGACCCCGCCCCCCCCGCCGCCCCUAGUCUGGAAGCCCCUUCGCGGGCGUCCAGCCCCGCCCCCACCGCGGAACUAGCGGUCGGUUGGGACCCAAUGGGAGGUCCCGGCGGGCGGCGAGCUGAUCUUGCAGGACAGAGUCCACUCUUUCAGAGGUGGCCGCGGGUCCCUGGCGGCCGCAGGAGCCGGACGCGGGGUGUUGAGGGGCUGCGCAGGAGCGGGCGUCCUGCGGCUGUGACCCCGGGUUGCAUCUCCUCUCCAGCACACCCGGGACCUCGCUGCACCGAGUCCGCAGCACCGGGGCUCCGAGGUCAGAGCCGUGUGUUCCCCAGGAACCACAGAUGCGCGCCUUCGCGCCUCCUCUCCCCGGCUUGCAAAGUCGCUCUUUCCUCCCCUGACCAGGUGACCUUUGGGCUCCGGGAUGGAUCCCAGGAAGAAGUUGGCGUUUGUGGGGACGGUCCCUGAGCAGGAGGUCCCAGCCAAAGAGGCCACUCAGAAAAUCUCAUCUAAACGUGCCUUGCCUGCACGUCCCUGGGAACACGCAAUGAAACAGAGGUUUGCCUUUGACAAUGUUGGCUAUGAAGGGGGUCUGGAUAGCAGCUGCUCAUCCCCAGCCACCACCAGCGUGGUUAGCAUCCUGGGCAUGACUUGUCAUUCUUGUGUCAAGUCCAUCGAAGACAGAAUCUCUAGUCUGAAAGGCAUUGUGAACAUUAAGGUUUCUCUGGAACAAGGCAGCGCCACUGUGAAAUAUGUGCCCUCAGUCACGAACCUGCAGCAGAUUUGCCUUCAGAUUGAGGAUAUGGGCUUUGAGGCCAGUGCCGCAGAAGGAAAGGCUGCCUCCUGGCCUUCUAGGUCCUCCCCAGUCCAGGAUGCAGUGGUUAAGCUCCGGGUAGAGGGCAUGACCUGUCAAUCCUGUGUCGGCUCCAUUGAAGGCAAGAUCCGGAAACUACAAGGGGUUGUGAGAAUCAAAGUCUCCCUCAGCAACCAAGAGGCAGUCAUCACAUACCAGCCUUACCUCAUUCAACCUGAAGACCUCAGGGACCACAUCUGUGACAUGGGGUUUGAAGCUGCCAUCAAGAACAGAACAGCUCCCCUAAGGCUGGGACCAAUUGAUGUAGACAAGUUGGAAAGCAUUAACCUAAAGAGACCAAUAGUUUCUCUUAACCAGAAUUCCAAUAACUCUGAGACCCUGGGGCACCAAGGGAGCCACAUGGCCACCCUCCAAUUGAGAAUCGAUGGGAUGCGCUGUAAAUCGUGUAUUUCGAAUAUUGAAGGAAAUAUAGGCCAACUCCCAGGGGUUCAAAAUAUUCGAGUGUCCUUGGAGAACAAAACUGCCCAAAUUCAGUAUGACCCUUCCUGUGUCACCCCCUUGUUCCUAAAAAAGGCCAUUGAGGCACUGCCACCUGGGCACUUUAAAGUUUCUCUUCCUGAAGGAGCCGAGGGGGAUGAUGGGGUAGAGGGGGGUGAGCCCCAGAGUGCGUCUUCCAGUUUUCCCUCCCCUGGCUCCUCCCAGAGACACCAGGAGCAGGGCCCAUGCAGUACUGCGGUGCUCACCAUCCCUGGCAUUACUGACCCAUCGUCCGUUCAGCCCAUCGAAAGCAUGCUAUCCCAGCGGAAGGGUGUACGGCAAGUAUCCAUCUCUGUGGCGGAAGGGACUGCAAGAGUUCUUUAUGAUCCUGCAAUAGUUAGCUCAGAUGAACUCCGAGUGGCUGUAGAAGACAUGGGAUUUGAGGCGUCAGUGAAUUUUGAAAACCUUCCCAUCAGCCCUGUCAGAAACCUCAGCUCUGGUAAAUCUGUGCCACACAGCAUGGGUGGUCCACCAGUGUCUGCACAGAACAUGGCUUCCAACACUGGAGGGGACCCCACACACCAUGAUCCCGGCCACUCAUCAGAUACCCCACCAUCCCCGGCAACAGCAGCAUCACAGAAGUGCUUUGUACACAUUAAAGGCAUGACCUGUGCGUCCUGUGUGUCCAACAUAGAAAGGAGUCUUCAGAGACAUGCCGGUAUUCUCUCUGUGUUGGUUGCCUUGAUGUCGGGAAAGGCAGAGGUCAAGUAUAAUCCAGAGGUCAUCCAACCGCCCAGAAUAGCUCAGCUCAUCCAGAACCUGGGCUUUGAAGCAACAAUCAUGGAGGACAACACAGCCUCUGAAGGUGACAUCGAAUUGAUUAUCAUGGGGAUGACCUGCGCUUCCUGUGUUCACAACAUAGAGUCCAAGCUGACGAGGACAAAUGGUAUCACUUACGCCUCUGUGGCCCUGGCCACCAACAAAGCCCAUGUGAAGUUUGAUCCUGAAAUCAUUGGUCCACGGGAUAUCAUCAAGAUUAUUGAGGAAAUCGGCUUCCAUGCUUCCCUGGCCCAGAAAAAUCCCAGUGCUCAUCACUUGGACCACAAGAUGGAAAUAAAACAGUGGAAAAAGUCUUUCCUGUGUAGCCUGGUGUUUGGCAUCCCUGUCAUGGGCUUGAUGGUCUACAUGUUAAUCCCCAGCAAUAUGCCCCAUGAGACGAUGGUCCUGGACCACAACCUCAUUCCAGGACUGUCCGUUCUAAAUCUCAUCUUCUUCAUCUUGUGUACCUUUGUCCAAUUCCUUGGUGGAUGGUACUUCUAUGUUCAAGCCUACAAAUCUUUGAAACACAAGGCAGCCAACAUGGACGUGCUCAUCGUGCUGGCCACAACCAUUGCCUACGCCUACUCCCUGGUCAUCCUGGUGGUUGCAGUGGCUGAGAAGGCUGAGAAGAGCCCUGUGACCUUCUUCGAUACGCCCCCCAUGCUCUUCGUGUUCAUUGCCCUUGGGCGCUGGCUGGAGCACGUGGCAAAGAGCAAAACUUCAGAAGCCCUUGCAAAACUCAUGUCACUCCAAGCCACGGAAGCCACAGUUGUGACCCUUGGAGAGGACAACUUAAUCCUCAGAGAGGAGCAAGUGCCCAUGGAGCUGGUGCAGCGAGGUGAUAUCAUCAAGGUUGUCCCUGGGGGCAAGUUCCCAGUGGAUGGGAAAGUCUUGGAAGGCAAUACCAUGGCAGAUGAGUCCCUCAUCACAGGAGAGGCCAUGCCUGUCACUAAGAAACCUGGGAGCAUAGUGAUUGCUGGCUCUAUAAAUGCUCAUGGCUCUGUGCUCAUUAAAGCUACCCAUGUGGGCAAUGACACUACCUUGGCUCAGAUUGUGAAAUUAGUGGAAGAAGCCCAGAUGUCAAAGGCACCCAUUCAGCAGCUGGCUGACCGGUUUAGUGGAUAUUUUGUCCCAUUUAUCAUCAUCAUUUCAACCUUAACGUUGGUGGUGUGGAUUGUCAUCGGUUUUGUCGAUUUUGGUGUUGUUCAGAAAUACUUCCCCAACCCCAACAAGCAUAUCUCGCGGACAGAGGUGAUCAUCCGAUUUGCCUUCCAGACGUCCAUCACUGUGCUCUGCAUCGCCUGCCCCUGCUCCUUGGGGCUGGCCACACCCACAGCAGUUAUGGUGGGCACUGGGGUGGCUGCCCAGAAUGGUGUCCUCAUCAAGGGAGGCAAGCCCCUGGAGAUGGCUCACAAGAUCAAGACUGUGAUGUUUGACAAAACUGGCACCAUUACUUAUGGAGUCCCCAGAGUCAUGCGGUUCCUGUUGCUUGUGGACCUGGUCACACUGUCCCUCAGGAAGGUUCUGGCAGUGGUGGGCACCGCAGAGGCCAGCAGUGAGCACCCCUUGGGCGUGGCAGUCACGAAAUACUGCAAAGAGGAACUUGGAACAGAGACCCUUGGAUACUGCACGGACUUCCAGGCAGUGCCGGGCUGUGGAAUUGGCUGUAAAGUUAGCAAUGUGGAAAGCAUCCUGGCUCACAGUGAUCCCACCGGUCACCCGAAUGGGGUUGGCAGCUCUCCCACAGGAAAAGGUACAGACCCCCAGACCUUCUCUGUGCUGAUUGGAAACCGGGAAUGGAUGAGGCGCAACGGUUUAACCAUCUCCAGUGAGAUCAGUGACGCCAUGACAGACCACGAGAUGAAAGGACAGACAGCCAUCCUCGUGGCUAUCGAUGGUGUGCUGUGCGGGAUGAUCGCCAUCGCAGAUGCUGUUAAACCAGAGGCUGCCUUGGCUAUCUAUACACUGAAAAGCAUGGGUGUGGAUGUGGUUCUGAUCACGGGGGACAACCGGAAGACAGCCAGAGCCAUUGCCACUCAGGUUGGCAUCAACAAAGUCUUUGCUGAGGUAUUGCCUUCUCACAAGGUGGCCAAGGUCCAGGAGCUCCAGAACGAGGGCAAGAAAGUAGCCAUGGUGGGAGACGGGGUGAACGACUCCCCAGCCUUGGCCCAGGCCGAUGUGGGAAUUGCUAUUGGGACUGGCACAGAUGUUGCCAUCGAAGCAGCAGACGUGGUUCUUAUCAGAAAUGACCUAUUGGAUGUGGUGGCCAGCAUUCAUCUCUCCAAGAGGACUGUCCGGAGGAUCCGGGUCAAUCUGGUGCUGGCAUUGAUUUAUAACAUGGUCGGAAUACCUAUUGCCGCAGGUGUCUUCAUGCCCAUUGGUAUUAUCUUGCAGCCAUGGAUGGGCUCAGCAGCUAUGGCAGCCUCCUCUGUGUCUGUGGUACUCUCCUCUCUUCAGCUGAAGUGCUAUAGAAAGCCCGAUCUGGAGAGAUAUGAGGCACAGGCCCAUGGCCGCAUGAAGCCUCUGAAUGCAUCCCAGGUUAGUGUGCAUGUUGGCAUGGAUGAUCGACGGCGAGAUUCUCCUAGGGCCACACCGUGGGACCAGGUCAGCUACGUGAGCCAAGUGUCUCUGUCCCCUCUGACGUCAGACCGACUGUCUCGGCAUGGUGGCCCAGCAGCAGAUGACAACGGGGACAAAUGGUCCCUGCUUCUGAGUGACAGGGAUGAAGAGCAAUGCAUCUAAGAGCUCCAGGUGGCAGCCCUGGGCAGGCCAAGGUGCUCCUUCUAGGGGAGCCUGUACCCACUCACUGUGGGUGAGCCGGCAGGUGCCGCCCCAGCAAGCAGCGUCGGGGAAGUGAAGCUCAUCCCGAGCCCUGAGCAUCCUGCUAGCCUUCCCGCAGUAGGUGGCAACUUCCCUGGUGUUUCUGCAGAGACUGGGUAGGACUGUUCCCUCAGAAGCCUGCUAAGAUGGGCAAGGUACACUGCUCUCCCUCUUUUCCAUUUGGGCAAGGUCACACCCUGCUUGGGUUCUAGUACAGGAGAGGAAGCCAGCACUCUCUGCAGAGCUCUGCCUACUGUAUUUGCAUGGCUGUCUGCAAGUUGAGGAACCAUCAGUACUGAAAAACCUAGCCAGGCCCCCUGGAGAGUUUCCCCUCCAGAGAUGUUUCACACAGCGAGCUCCAUCCAGAGCUUUCCCAUACCAAGAGCUCCCAGAAAGCUUGGAGUUCCAUAGCACACACGGGCCAUGUAAGCCUCGGGCCACCUCAGAUGUGCCUGUCGUUUUCUGGUUGACAUCCUUGGUACCAGGAUGUGGUUGCCCUCUGUCUUCUGAGGACAGAGUUCUUGUCGUGGGCUAGGCGUUCUGGCUCUUGCAUUUUCUGCCUAAAGGUGGCUCCCUGCUUUGCACCCCAAUCCCAAAGCUUCCUGGCACCCCUCUUUACUCUAAGGGGAGAGUUCUGUCUCACUUAGAGCCCCUUCUGAAGAUUUGAACAUGCUUCUCCCAAACAGUUGGAGGGAAGCCAGAGCCCAUUUUCCUGUAGGGUCCAGGUCCUUGCCACCCAGGGCACCCUGUAUGGCCCUGUGGUGACCUGUGGUGCUUAAAGCAGUGUCCCUUGGGGGAUGUAUGCAUAAGGGAACCUUCCUGUCACCUAGUGGGGUCCAGUGGAGUUUGUCACAUCUCCUAGUGUGUGUACCUAGAGGGAACUGUCCCAUCAGAAGAGAGUGGUUCUUGAGAGAUCUGUCUGCUGCUGACAUCUAAGAGGGACCUCCACAGCUCCCCAGUUUAAAAAAAAAUGCUUUUGUCAUCAGUGACGAUUUGUGAUCGGGUGGCAUCAGAGGGCAGAAAUGGGUCCAACUUACCUGAGUGGCUGAACUACCUGGAACAGAUUACUCUCAUUUAUGACAUAAAAAAAUAUCGCCUUUAUUGAAUGCCACUUAUUGCUAGGGGCAGUGUUAGUGCUUCUUGCAGACUCUCUCUGCCACCCCCACUCUCCAGUAGCACAGUAGCUAUUGUCUGCAUUUCUAAAACAAGGAAACAAAUUCAGAGGGGCUCAGUGUCUUCCCAGAAACUCACAGCCAGUGUUCAGUUCAGUAGGCCCUGAAGGAUUUUCUGUACUUCUCCUGCAACCUUAAAUAUCAAAUUUGCUUGGUAAGAGUAAACUGGACUAAGGUCCUUGUCUCUGGAGGAACGAACGUGCCAGGAGAUGUAUGAAUUGUAUCAACUUAGAAUGCAGUGGGUCAUGAGGUUGCUAACUUCACUUUGGAUGGCUGGUUUCAGUUUUGCAUAUUAGUUUUUGCUGAGUUUUAUCUUCUAAAAUCUCAGUAUAGGGAUUUGUUGUGCCCUUGUUGUUUUUAACCCUCUACCCACUUCUCCAGUAUUCUCUUCCCAUUGUUCCCACCCAUUCUGUCUAGAGCUUUGUUUUGGAAUUUUUCUUGCUUUGGAAUAAGGUAAUCAUUUUGUAAAGACUCUAAUUGUAUUGAUUUUUUUUAAAAACCUAAGAACAGAAGCAUCACAUUCACAUGUAGACAUGAAAAUAUUUAUAUAAUUGU